UAAAAUAAGAGAAUUACAACUUUUAAUUCUCUCAUAUAACAAUGGUUUCUGUAACAAAAUUAUCUAGCUGUAUAGGGACGGGUGCUGUCAAAGUCAAAUAACAAAUUUAUCAGUUCACAAAUCACAAUCACAAUUGACAUAUACAAAGCGAUUUCGACUGUACCAAUGUUGUUAUAUAUGAAAUUCUUUGGAAACAAUUUAAAUAAAGUAUUCUAAGUGAAAACCGAUGAAGUCACUUGAACUAGUACAUCGCCUUGGAAGAAUUGAGUAAUUCGUAUAAAUAAUGGAACGCGGUAAAAUGUCGUCGACCGGCCGCGGUGGAAAGAGUAAAGCACCUCAGCAUCCUCAGGAUAUAUUUGCCUUAGGCAGUAAAUCCACUGUAUCAGUAUCCAGGGACUCUGAAAAAAGAAAUAUACACAAACCGUCCACAAGUAGUGUUGGUGAAAGAAAGAGGGGAGAAUCCUCAGGUUUUGGAGGCCAACCUGCAAGUAAACGGGCCAGACUUGGUUCCCCUGCCGAAGCCGUCACUGGUACCUCAUUAGAAGUUGACCCUGUAGAUCUUGUGCCAAAUGUGUUACAAGCUCUUGAUACCCAUAACUCUGAUAAAUUGCUGGGACUUCUAACAGGAUCAAUACGUCUCUUAAAAUCUCAGAGGUCUAAACCAGACCCUAUAUUAUGUAUGAGUAUGCUCUACUUGACAAAGAUACGUCCAAACAUGUUUGCUCAUGAAACAGUAACACAAUCCCUGUGCACAUUGCUAAAAAGGGAACAAGGUGCAGCUUUCAAGAGCAAAGGGAAUCCUUUGGUGUUUGUACUGGCUUGUAAUAUGCUGUAUGCUGGUCAUAAGGAUAGUAAUAACUGGCCAGACACAUUCAUUAAGGUAUAUAUAGAAGAUGCUCUGAAUGAACGCUGGUGGGUGGAUUGCUCCUGGUGCAAAUGCUUGGUGGAGAAUAUCCUCACAGCCUUUGGCACUAAACAGCCUCCCGCACAUCUUAUACCAACAGAUAACAGUCUAGGUACAAUGUCACCUUCUGGUUCGGGAUCUCCUCUCAUGGGGACCAAUGAAGAAGACACUGACAAUACGGAUCUGGAAUAUUCUGUCUUCCCCAGGUACUCCAGCAGCUACGAGUCGGUGGAGGCCCUGGUACUGGAGGCCAUCAAGGAGCAGAUUCAGCGCCGAGCCGCGCCCGAUGCCAUCGGCAAGGGGUUCCUCAAAUUACUGUCAGCCACUUGUGGUUUUCCAGAGAUUAGAAUGAUAGCGGCGUCUCGGCUGGAAGCGUGGCUACACUCGGGCAAGUUGUGGCGCGCCGCCCAGGAACUCCUCGCUCAUGUUUGCGCCAACGCGGCCGCCUCCGGGCCCAGCGCCGCUCGCGACCACGAGGUCCUCGCUCAGUUGGCCCGCAUGCGCCUCAAGACAAAGCCGCUCCAGGCCGCUUACCAGGCCUGCCUGCGAGACAUGGUCGCCGACAGCCCAGCGCUGCUGCGCUCCGUCGUCACCCACACCAUCUACAACGAACUAUCGAACGUCCGGUCGCCCAAUAACAUGGCAGUGCUGGCGGCACUCAUCCACGCGCAACCCCACCUCGUGCCGGCCGCCAUGGCCGACACGUACCAGGAGCUUGUGGUCCGCACCGAGGACUUCCUACGGCCGCUCCGUGCGCUCACCCGCGAGUGCGUCCGCGCCACGCGAUCAGAUGCGGCCGCGCUGCUGCCGCUGGCGAGGGCGCUAGCGCACCCGCCUCCGCAAGAUCCGCCGCCCGAGAUCCGCGAGAGAGCCUUUCAGGCCCUCGCGGACCUGUUCUGCGUCUGUUGCCUGGUGACGGCGGCACAUAGUAAGCACUCGGCCGACUACCGCUCGCAGCUAUGCGCGCUACAACAGCAGGCUUUAGGCUGGCUGCUGGACACCGCCGUGCCCGUGUACCGCCCGCCGCACCACGACUUCCUGCUGGCUCUCAAUAAGAUAAUGUUCGUGGAGAGUGCGGAGACAUACAGCAAGGUGGACAACUGGCCACCGGAGAGCGAGCGUGCGGUCACCUACCGCCUGUGCUGCGAGGCGCCACUGCCGCAAAACACGCUGCUGAGACUAGUCUUCAUAGGGCUCUCCAAGGCAAGUGAGAUCCCCGUGUCUCCUACGGAAGUGUUCGAGCUGGUGGAGCAGGUGGUGCGGCGAGCGUGUGCUCUCCCCCCGGAAGACAAGCCGUUACAAGUUGACAAGCUGGAGGUGGCCGACUACAUCUUCCAACUGUGCCAGUUUCAUCCACCAGAUAACAUCACCCUCCCCACUGGGUACAGUCCUCCAGCGCUGGCCAUCACGUCCCUGUACUGGCGCGGCUGGAUGCUUCUGACGAUGUUGGCAGCUCACAACCCUCAGGGAUUCGCAGAGCGAGCAGCCGCCGCCUACCCCACGCUGAGGGCGCUCAUAGAGUGCUGCAUCACCAGCAAGCCGUCUAUCGAGUGGGCCAGUCAAGCGGCCGAGUCCGAGCGCGCGGAGGCGGAGCGCGCGGCCGUCCUUCAGCUGGAGACACACCUGGCAGCUGCUAGCAACGCCAAGCUGCCCGUCACCGAACAUUCCUCUAGACUUCUUGCACAGCUGACGACCUUGGAACCUCUCGGCCCAGCUCGUCGUCCUCCCGCCGGCGUGGUGGAGGCUUUACAGGCGUUGAGCACACAGCUACGUCUGGGACGACUGCUGUGUCGCCAGCCCGCGUUACUUUUGCAGCUGGUCGAGAGACACGGCACCAGGCGGGCCAUGCCUUGGUUGCACCAGCUGCUGAGACACGAUCGCCUGGAGCUCAGCGUACUUCCGGUGCAGUGCCUGUGCGAGUUCCUGUCGGCGGGCGGUGGAGGCGGCGAGACCGGGAAGGCCGGCGAGCUCUGCGCGCACCUCCGCCGCACCCUGCACAGCGAGGAGGGGGCGCGGGCCGUGCUGCACUACUACCUGCAGCGCCUGGCGCUCGCACACGCGCCCACCAGGGCGGCCGCCAGCAGGGGGUUGAAAUUGGUGCUGUCGCAGACGGACGACGCGGCGGACAUGGACUACAACGCGGAAGUCAGUCCCGAGUCGUGGCUGGAGCUGCUCCCGUCCCUGCGUCACUGGGAGGCGCUCCGCGGCGAGGCGCUCCGCCGUAUCCGCGCGGCGUGCCUGGCGGAGUGCUCCCCGCGCAGCCUGGCCGCCUACCUGUCCUUCCUGGCCGACCACCACCUCCACCACCAGCCGCUGGGCGACCUCGUGCUGGACUUGUCCCAGGUGUUGAUGGAGCGCACCACGGUGAUGGGGUACGUGUUGCCGGCCGUGGACAGCAAGGAGCCGCCCCGGGAGCCGCGCGCCCUGGCCCAGCACCGCGCCCUGCACGCUCUCGCCUCCGUGUUCUACACACACCUGCGACAGGUGCUGUCGUCCCCGGAGCCCGAGCCCGAGGAGGUGUCGUCGGAGGCGGCGGGCUGGAGCGGCGAGCGCGUCACGCUGCAGUGGGCCAACGGUCGCCGAGCCACCAUACACGUGGUGGUGGCGCACGCGCACCUCAAGCUGUUGUGUUACGGACCUUCCUGCUACGACACGAAUCAAGAGAUGUACUCGUGGCUGCAGUCGACGUGGGUGGGCACGGACGCGCCCGAGGCCUUCACGUCCGAGUCCCCGGACGAGGCCGUGCUGCUGCCGGACUGGCUGCGGCUCAGCCUGGUGCGGAGCGCCCGGCCCGCCCUCCUCGAGGCCGGCCUGCGAGGUCUGCCCGCACACAAGCUGGCGCUCUUCAUACAGACCUUCGGCAUGCCCGUCUCCUCUAUGAGUGCUCUCCUGAACGCCCUGGACGCGUGUUCUGCGGGCGCCGUGGUCCGCCUGGGUGUGGAGCGAGCGUACAUGUCUCAGCUGCUGAGAGUGCAGCGAGCGCGAGGGGCGCAAGGGGGACACGCCUUCGCAGCCGCCCUCCGUCUCAGCAGACCCGUCUACCCGCCCGAUGACACUUUGUUCGCUGAGGAGACUCUCCCUGAAGAGGAACACGACCCUUGGAGCAUGCCUCGCGAGCCCACCAGGCUGGACGCGGGAAUGGUGGGCGCUCUCAUCAACACCGCCUUCAACGGCGCCGGCACCUUUAAAGGGGAUCUGGAUACAGCAUUCACACAGCUUAAUGGGCUGAUAUCGGAAGAAUGUGCGAGUGGCGGUGCGUCCCCGGUGACCGGGGCGGCGGUCGCGGGGCUCCGCGGCGUGUCCGCGGCCGCCCUGCAGCUGCGAGCCGCCUACGCCGCGCCCUUGAUUCGCUCUCUGGCCUUCGCUAAACCGCCCGGGUUCGCCGAGUUGGCCAGUUCCCUCCUGUCGCAGUGUAAGUUGUCCCGGGGCCCUGUCCCAGACGCGCUCCGUGAGUCCGCUGGUCGCGCCGGCGCCGCGUCCCGCCCCGCCUACGCCGCGCUCGCACGCCGCGCCACCAAAGAACAGCUGGUCGAAGUAUUUGAAUCGGCCACCGCCAGCACGAUGGAACAGAUCGGAAACGAGAUCAUAGAGACCCAGGACACGCAGCUGGUGGUGGACACCAUCACCACCCUGCUGCAGCGAAACCAGGAGGGCCGCUAUGAAUUGCCCGUGAAGAUGGAAGUCGAGGAAGAGAAGUACGGUCAGUCGAAGUCGCUCGUGGGCGACGCUCUGCUGCUGUCGCGGCGGGGGCUGGGGUGCGGCCUGCUGCUGGAUUGGUUGGCGGAACUGCAGCGAGAGACGCUCGACUCACAGAUGCGGUUAAUGUUCGUACGCGGCGCCGGGGCUGGUGGCGGCGGCGCCUGGCGUCCCCUGCUGGUGACGCUCGUGGCUCACCGUGCGUCCUGGAGCACCCUGCACGCCUGCCUCGCCGCCUUGCUGUCCACCAGGAAUUGGUCGGCCCGCUCGGUGCUGGACUUCGCGGAGACGUUGAUCGGCAGCCCGAGGGUCUGGCAGGGGAGAGACCGCAGCACGCCCAAACACCACUCACCCGACGAUUCACUGAGGCUCACCAACAAACAGCUGGAAGUGUUGAUCCACUACAUGGGCGAGGAGGCGCGCGAGGCGGAGGCGGCGGAGGGCGGGGAGGCGGCGCGGCGCCGGGUGGAGGCUCGUCUGCCGCUGCUGCUGAGGUGCUGCUCCACCCCGCAGGCGCUGCUCGCCGCCGCCCUGGCCGCCUCCAACACACAUCCCUUGCUGCUGCUGCUGUUGUACAUGAAGGUCCCCAAGGUGUUACACCUGCUUCGCACCUGCGGAGACCGUCCCGCCGUGUUGGAGGUGUCUCCGGCGGCGGUGAGGGCGGCGGCCUGGCGCUCCACCAGCGCCACCGACAAGGUGUCCCACUGUCUGCUCACCGCCCUGGCCGCGCCGCAUCACCACUCAAAGGAGAACUCCCAGAAGCUGGUGCGUGUGGAGAGCGAGGUGCGGGCGGUGUGGUCGCGGGUGCAGGGCGCCGGCCAGCGCGGCCUGUCCCUGGCGGGGGCCCUGCUGAGAGGGGCGGCGCCGCACGGACAGAGACACGCUCACAGCCACCUGCUGGCCGCCAUCGAGAUGCUGCCGGAUGAGGAGCUGUUCGCGACACACGUCUGUGACGAGGUGCACGGUAUCCUGGAGUGUUUCCUGGGCACGGUGAAGCAGGGCAGUGGCGGAGGCAGCCUGGCUCACCGCGUGGCCGCCCUGCUGAGACGAUACCGCGCCGCCCGCCCCGCCCGUGCCGCCGCCCUGCUCCACACACACCGGGACAUCAUCGCCUCCAACCCCGCCCUGAGCGGCGCGUGCAGCGCCGAGGGUGCCGCGUCCUCGUCUCCGCCGCCGCGAGCGCUCCUCGCCUUGCAGCGCCGCACCGCCUCGCCUGACGAGCUCCAUUGGCUACUUCAGGAGGUGGAGGCGUGGGGCGUGCGUCGCGGCGGAUCGUGGGGAGGUUCAGGCGGGGCGGACGCUCUGUUGCGUGCGGCGGCUCCUCUGGCGGCCUCACCCCACGCUCCUCUACGCAACGCCGCACUGUCUCUGCUAGCCAAGCUCUUGCCCGCCGUUCCCGACACACACCCCGGUCUCCAAGCUGUUCUGGAGUGCCUGGACUCAAGCCAGCCGGAAAUAGCUCAGUCCGUGCUGGACAAACUCCCGGAGCUAGUGGUGGGUAUGCAGGAACACGCGUCAAGACUCCUGAUGCGCGUGUUCGAGAUGGGCAUGAAAUCUCGGCUGCCGGUGGAGCAGUGUAUCGCCAAGUGCGUGGCCACCAUCAACACCAACCGGGGCUGCUGAGAACAACCUCCACCCCUAGUCCUGUUCAGGAAUAGGUAUGGUGCCAAGUAAACAAAACCUAAGCAAAGACUUGUAAAGUUAACGUAGAAGUGAAUAUCUGUUACAUGUGUAUUUUAUGAAAAGAUUUUUUUUGUUUAGUAAAACAAACAACUGUUAAUAUAUUUUCAAUAUCA